AUGGCAGAGAGCGAAAAUCCACUGUCUUUGCCGCUACUCCCGAGCGCCUCCGACGGUUGCAACGCUCACAAGAGCGAAGACCAAGACGUGAGGUCUCCCCCUAAAAAGAGCAAGACAGAUGAAGCGGAGCAUGGGUCGAGCCCGGAAGUUGAGGUGGUGAAGACGGACGAGUUUGAAUUUCUGGACGGCAUGACUCGCUUAGCCACUCUUGAAUCGGAACUGGAAGAUGUCAAAACCGGACUAAUGUCGAGACAGGGACUAGACCAAUUCGUCCCGUUUCGCCUCCUGCAUCCGUGGGGAAACAGGGUUCUGUCGGUGACAGACCUGAGUGGCGGGAUGUGGUGUGAAGUCAACGUGGAGUACCGCAAACUCCACCGCCACCUCAAGAACUCCCGGGAGUGGAAGAGGAUGGAAGAGAAGGGCAUCCCCUGUGGUGCUCAAGACAGAGUCCAUGAAGAAAGGUUCCGAAGUCCAUCUCAAGAAAGAUUUUGUUUACUGUUUUUGGCAGAGUUGGAGGUUCAUGAGAUAGUGAAGGUGGAAACAGUGACCAAAGAGGACAGGGCUGCAGUUCAACUCAUCAACACCUACACUCAACUCUCUGUCGUCAAAACUGGGGGCAUGGAGAGAGAAGUGUCCGUGUUUGGGGAUCCGUUUGAGUCCGGUGUCCUCGUGAGAGGGAUCAUUGACCAACUGCAGUAUUUCCCGGAGGCCGGCGAGCUCAUCCUCACAGACAACAAGACAAGACGGGCCAAAUCGCUACCCCCGACGGAGCAGAAAAAGGGGACCCGUUUUCAGCUGAUGUUGUACAAGUACCUGCUGGAUCGCAUGUGUUUGGGACUCACCAAGGGAGAGCUGUUGUACCGGCACUUGAAUCUGGAGAGGGAGUCGUGUCUCACGCAGGGGGCUCUGAAUCACAUCAUCAGCUGCGGUCUUAGUGGGCUGUUUAGUGACGAACUGGGAGUUGCCGGAGGAUUAACCAGCUCACAGCAAGGAUUUACUGAAGGGUCGAGCAUUUCUCAGCAAGGAAUUGGACUCGGACUGCCACUUGUGGGAGUGCUGAUGGUGCACUACGAACACCAGGGGAGCGGCGAGUCACUCGGGAUGGACACCGUGGAGUACGAUGAACAGUGGAUGAUGGGCGAGCUGAAGAACAGACUGGGGUACUGGGAGGGCUCCCGGCCAGCGCAAGGCGUCGACAUCGAGUCGGCGUGGAAAUGCUCGAGUGCCAGUUCAGAGACAUAUGCACCUGGAGACUCCAGGGACAACUUGAAACUUCGCCGGCUGCAAGAUUAUCGUCACGAUGAAAAAAACUCAUUGCAUACAUGA